AUGAGCAAAAUGAUGACUGCGCGUCAGAACGCUAAUACGAUGAAUCAGAACAAUAUUAAUCAUGACAAUGAUAAGAAUGGUGACGCUAGUGAUAAUAAAUUGGACAAUAAUUGUAAUGAUAAUCCAAAAGUAAUCGCUAGCGCAGUUUCUCAAUCAUCCCUCUACUCUAACAAAGCCACAACAACAAUGGCAACAACAGCGGCAACACAUACCACCGGAAAUGGCACAAAACCGAAAGUUGCUACUCCUCAUGUUAUCGCAAAAAUUGAGCAGUAUAAACGUGAUAACCCGACAAUAUUUGCAUGGGAAAUACGUGAACGUCUUAUCAAUGAAUCAAUUUGUGCACAAGCGCCUAGUGUUAGCUCAAUAAAUCGUAUUCUAAGAACGCGAGCUGCGGAACGUGCCGCCGAAGAACUAUCGAUGUUGUUGAGCAGUCAAUCGCAAACUUCUCAGUCUCGACGACAACGACAAGAUCCUUCAGCAGCCAAUGCUGCAACACGGAGUACUGCUCAUCAACAACAACGAGCAGAUUUCCCUGUCAACGCAGCACUACCACUACCAGCCGCUCAACAAGCAUUUAUUCAACCAGUUCUCGCUGCUACACCGUGGCCGACGACAGGUAUCUUCUUCGAUCAAUCUUCUCUAAUUCAAGCUGCUGCGAUGACCAGUGCUGCAGCAACUUCUGCACCUCUAUAUAGUGCCACGUCUACUUCAAACACAUCGUACCACCCAUUUUCUACAACAAUAACUGCAAUUUCUGGUCGCCGUGCAGAACCGCAAUCACUUCUGAAUGCUGAUUUAGUCGCAGCUGAUCUCUACUCACCAACCAAAUCGAAUCAAAUUUCCAUAAUGUCAAAAUCUUCUCCGAAAAUGACACAUCAUAAUCGUCAAUAUCCCUUCAACAGCAAAGCACCAGUAUCUUUAACUGUGCCUUCUUCAUCAUCAGAUUCAUCGUUAAGAAAGUUGAGCGCAGACGACCAAAUCGUCUCAGCAGCACCAACAAAUAAUUCAUAUUCUUUCUGCUGCACAAGCAACACACCGAAAGGUCAUUAUCUUUAUAACCAUCACCAACAGCAAACAACAUCAGUGUUACCAUUAUCUUCUGCGGCAUAUUUUUCGAAACGAUGCUCCAGAAGCAGUUUUGCACCAGAGCAGUUAGCAUGCUUAGAAAGUGCAUUCGAGAAAUCUCCAUAUCCGAGUGCCACCGAACGCGCUGCACUAAUCAGGCAGACACAAUUGCCCGAAGCAAGAAUUCAGGUAUGGUUUUCGAAUCGUCGAGCCAAAUGGCGGCGGAUACAACACGAGAAAACGUUAUCAGUGCCACCAUCAUGUUCAUCAUCGAGAACAUUCUAUUCAUCAGCAAACAGCGACAGUACAUCACCAUCAAAUUUAUCGACACUCGUCAAUGAUUCGCACAUCGAAUGUGACAACCAUAUGAUGAAAAGAGCUGAAAAACGACAUCUCACAUCACCAAAAGAGGAUCAUUCGGUUAGUGGAAGGAACUUUGUGUUAGGUGAUCCAAGAGGCGAAGUAGCUGAAGAGGAAGAGAUCGGAGCUAAUGAAGAUGAUCAUCAAGAAUAUUCGUCAUCAUCACCAAUUAAAAAAUUUAUAACCAGUAAAAACAUUCCUUUCAAACCCUAUGAAUAA